UGCACACAAGCGCAGCACCGCUUUUGAUCUGACCAUGGCUUCACCUAUGUGCGUCGGAACGAGUAUACUAGACACCGGGGCGAGGAAGGCUCCCGCAGCAGGGCCUGCAGAAGCACAGGCUGGUGUGCCUGGCAUGUUCGGGUUGCCAAACGUGGCGAAUCCUGCCGCGUUUUGUAGCGCCAAUCUUGGCUGCGGCUACGGAACGGACCACGCGCAAGAUAUCAAGUUCGCAAAGGGUACCACCACGCUUGCUUUCAAGUUCCAGGGAGGGAUUAUCGUCUCCGUUGACUCCCGGUCAACCAUGGGACCGUACAUCGCUUCGGGGACGGUGAAGAAGGUGAUUGAGAUCAACCCCUACCUUCUCGGGACGAUGGCGGGAGGAGCGGCUGACUGCUCGUUUUGGGAGCGUAACCUGGGCAUUCAGUGUCGAAUGUACGAGCUGCGCAACAAGGAGCGCAUCUCGGUGGCAGCGGCGUCGAAGCUGCUGUCCAACACCAUGUCGCAGUACCGAGGGUACGGGCUGAGCAUGGGCACGAUGGUGGCCGGCUGGGACAAGACGGGGCCGCAGCUGUACUACUGCGAUGACGACGGCACUCGGCUGCACGGCAACUUGUUCUCGGUGGGGUCGGGAUCGACAUACGCCUAUGGUGUCCUGGAUACCCACUACAAGUACGACAUGACCGACGAGGAGGCGAUCGAGCUGGGCAAGAGGGCCAUCUACCACGCCACGCACCGGGACGCGUACUCCGGUUCCAUCAACAACGUUUACAUCGUCAAGCCGACGGGGUGGGUCAAGGUCCACGCGGGAGACGUGAACGACAUGCACUACAAGCUCGCGGAGGAGAAGGCAGCCAUCGCCGCGUCGCGCGCAGGGGCAGAAGAGAAGGCACCAUGAGACGGGGGGGUGUAGUGUAGGUGGUGUGGAGGACCAACUAGCGCUGCUAUUGUGAAAAAAACCAAAAGGUCUUUCGUGGGGUGUUGUCGUCCACGGGGCAGGGGGUGAUGACGUUGAAGACCCUUGGAAUAAGGGCGGCCCAAGCCUGACGCUGGCGGAGCGUUCGGAACCGCUCCAGUAAAUUAGGGCAUAGCAACAUCGAAGUCCAAACGAGAAGCAACGCGGGGGCGGGGGAGGGAUGCUUGCACUUGACGCAGCCGCUCGUGGCAGUGUUGCGCUUGGUUCCCAUGCGUUUUGUGGAAGCCGUAGUGUCGCCGACUUGAGAUGUGUGUGUCCACGCGCGCGCUCAGGUCGGAGUCGCCACUUUCUUUCCCUGUGGCGGAGGAGGAGUGCUGUUUCCCGAUCCCGGCGUGUCGCUUGCAGUCUCUUGGUUGUGUUCGCGAGAUGGACAAAACACUUACAACGGUUCAUGUGCCAGGUAUUGCUUUGUGUAAAACUUCGCAGCAGGAACACAAAAAUUCGCGCGUGCCGGGCAGCACAUGUGGGUGCCUUCAUGUGCAUGUCCAUCCCCGUGAGAUACUCAUCCUACUGAAGGGACAGCAUGCCGUAGGCGCCUAAGAUACCCCCUUUGAGCGAUUUUCAAGUCUAGAUUGCUCUGGAGCAAACAACAUCGACGUUGCUGACAAAGGCGGGAGGCGUUAGAAUCGUCUCGUCGAGAGCUUUCCGAAAACGUAUCAUUUGAUGUUGGCAUUGUCUUCGUCGUGGGGUAUUGUUCGAGCUUUGAAAUUCAAUUCGGCCCAAGGGGGUGUGGUAUCUUGCGGAAUCUACGGCACUGCUUUUCGUGCACAAAAAAAACUACACACACGGCCGAUGAACUUGAAAGGUGCGCGUUG